AUGUCAAAAUUCUUUGCUUCUAUCAAAGAGCUUCCUCCAGAUCCACUUUUUGGCCUUAAGGCUCGUUACAAUAAUGAUACUAGAUCUGAUAAGGUCGAUUUAGGUAUUGGCGCUUACCGUGAUAACAACGGAAAACCAUGGAUUCUUCCAGCGGUAAGAGCUGCCGAAAAGCAAUUGGUUGAAUCGGAAGGUUACAAUCACGAAUAUUUGGGAAUUUCGGGUUACGGACCAUUUCUUGAAGAAAGUGCCAAAGUCAUCUUGGGCAAAGAAUCUCCAGCAAUUCAACAGAAACGAGUAGUUUCUCAGCAAUCCCUUUCGGGAACAGGUGCUUUACACUUGGCAGGAGCCUUCUUGCGUGACUUUUACACUCCUGAAAAGAAAGGUGACACCCAUGCAAUUUAUGUGUCUAAACCCACUUGGGCUAACCACAACCAAAUCUUCACGUCGUUGGGUUUGGAUGUCAAGACGUACCCAUAUUGGAACGCCGAAACCAAAUCGUUGGAUUUAGACGGGUUUUUGUCCACCAUCAAAUCUGCUAAUUCUGGUUCCAUCUUCCUCUUACAUGCCUGUGCCCAUAACCCUACUGGUUUGGACCCUUCUAAGGAACAGUGGGAUACCAUUUUAAAGGCAUUGUCUGACAAAGACCAUCUUCUUCUUUUCGACUCGGCUUACCAAGGUUUCGCUUCUGGAGAUUUGGAAAAUGAUGCCUUUGCUGUAAGGAAAGCAGUGGCUGAUGAGAGUAUCAAGACACCCAUCGUAAUUUGCCAAUCGUUUGCCAAAAACUGUGGUAUGUAUGGUGAGAGAGUGGGUGCAAUCCACGUCAUUCCUCAUGAGAAGGAUGAGGGCUUGAACCGUGCUAUACAAUCGCAGCUCAACAAGCUUACCAGAUCGGAAAUCUCCAACCCUCCUGCGUAUGGUGCCAAGAUUGUUGCAACCAUCUUGACAGACUCCAAGUUAAGACAACAAUGGCAGGAUGACUUGACCACCAUGAGCUCUAGAAUCAACGAAAUGAGAUCUAAGUUGCGUAAUAGGUUGACAAAUGAUUUGAAAACCCCUGGUAAUUGGGAUCAUAUUGUGUCGCAAAGUGGUAUGUUCUCAUUUACCGGAUUGACGCCAGAAAUGGUUUCUAGACUUGAAAAGAACCAUGGUGUGUAUUUGGUGAGCUCUGGUAGAGCAUCGGUGGCAGGCUUGAACGAGCACAACGUUGACCGAGUGGCCGAUGCCAUCGACGAGGUGGUGCGGUUCUGCUCCAAGUCCAAAUUAUAG